UGCUCCGGGCCGCCGCCAGCCCGCUCCGGAGCGGGGUCCCCCCGCGCCCUCACAGCCCGGUGAGGGGCUGAGCCCGCAGCCCCGUCCCGACACCGGCCCCGGAGGACGGGGAGCACCCGCUCGCCCUGGCCCCCCCUGGCCGCCCCGAAGAUGCCGUUCCACCCGGUGACGGCGGCUUUGAUGUACCGGGGGAUCUACACCGUCCCCAACAUCCUCGCCGAGCAGCGCCCCGUGGAGAUCCCCGAGGACGAGCUGGAGGAGAUCCGUGAAGCCUUCAAGGUGUUCGACCGGGAUGGCAACGGCUUCAUCUCCAAGCAGGAGCUGGGCACGGCCAUGCGCUCCCUGGGGUACAUGCCCAACGAGGUGGAGCUGGAAGUCAUCAUCCAGCGCCUCGACAUGGACGGGGAUGGGCAAGUGGACUUCGAGGAGUUCGUGACGCUGCUGGGGCCCAAGCUCUCCACGUCCGGCAUCCCCGAGAAGUUCCAUGGCACCGACUUCGACACCGUGUUCUGGAAGUGCGACAUGCAGAAGCUGACGGUGGACGAGCUGAAGCGGCUCCUGUACGAGACCUUCUGCGAGCACCUCUCCAUGAAGGACAUCGAGAACAUCAUCAUGACGGAGGAGGAGAGCCACAUGGGCACGGCCGAGGAGUGCCCGGUCGAUGUGGAGACCUGCUCCAGCCAGCAGAUCCGCCAGACCUGCGUGCGCAAGAGCCUCAUCUGCGCCUUCGCCAUCGCCUUCAUCAUCAGCGUGAUGCUCAUCGCCGCCAACCAGGUGCUGCGCAGCGGCAUGAAGUAACGGGAGCAUCACCUCCGGGGCUCGAUCCCUAUGGAAUCAGACAUGGACACGGCCCCCCC